AUGUCUGCGGAGCACACUCGCGAUUGGUCGACCCCUUUUGCAUUUGAGCUGCCGUCAAUUCCCUGGUUCAUCCUGUACCAGUUUGGCUGUGUUCUGGAACAUCCUUCCGACUAUCUGACCUGGCGCAAUCACAUCUACCAGAUCCUUAAAGUACACAAACUCCAUCGGCUCAUCGAUUCUGGUAUUCCCCGCCCUUACAAGGACUCGCCCGAUGCUAGAAAAUGGCAAGAGUUGUCGAUUGAGGUCCGCAAGUGGAUCUCGUGGAACUUGCAUCCAAUCCUUGUGCGCAUGAUUGUGAGAGAGACUCCUCGAGCUGAACUGGCUGACGAGUUCAUGUUGGGGGCCGACAUGAUCCUUCGGCAGCUUGCCCGCAGUCCCGAGCAGCAGUCCGCUGAUGUCUCUCAUAUUCUGUUCAAUCUCAUUCGUUGCGACCGAAGUGAUUAUUCUUGUGCCCGGCAGUUCGUUCACCGUGUUAUGGAAUAUUACACACAUACCUUGAAUAUUAGAAUGGGAAUUCCGCCAUUUGUUCCUCUGUUGCUUUUGUUGGACGGAAUUAAGAGUGACAUCGGAGAAGCGUUUGUCAAUGAGAGAUACGAUCAGCUGGAGUGUAUGAACAGCGAUCUCCAGAAUGUCACCAAGGAGUACUUUGAAAGCGUUUACUUCGAUGUCUUGGAGCAUCUUGACUCGAUAGGCCAGACCGCUGAGGAGGCUUUCCCUCCAUUGACUGACUAUGAUGACGAUGUGUGA